AUGAAUGAACGAAGACGACCAAGUAAAGAAAUCAUUCUGGAUAAGAAUUUACGAUUAAUGUUUCAACAGCUGUGGUUAACUCUUCUAAAAUCUUCUCAUCAGACUCUAACUUAUCUGAAAAUGAAAGGAGAAUUGUUCGAUUGGAAUUGCGAUCAAGUUCCAUUCGAUCUUCCAGCACUUAAGUAUCUCAUUCUUGAGAAUACCACAAGUGAGCAAAUGGUAGAUAUCCUACAACAUACACCGAAUCUACGAUCUUGUCAUGCAGCAUUAAAAGAUCAGUUGUCCAAUCAUUUAACAAAUAAGAUGUUUUUUCCUAAAAUGCGAAAGUUCAUUUUAUUAUCACACUUCGAUUGGUCAUUCGAGAACUUUCGCCGGCUGUUUAGUAUGAUGCCGCAUUUAAAAAUUCUACAUAUUUUUUUAUAUGUUCAUAAGGAAGCUCUUGAUGAUGCAUGUGCGUGGCAAACAUUGAUCGAACGAUAUCUACCUCAACUAAUCCAGUUGCGUCUUCAUUUCAUCGUACGAUAUAACUAUCAAUGCACCUAUAUUCCUAAAUGUAAUUUACAAUCAUUUUACAAUGAUACAUAUUGGAUUAAACGAAAAUCAAUGUUUACAGUUCAAGCACAUUCUAUAUAG